AGGUGAGGUGGGUGUUAUCAAGGUGUGUUACCUGGCAGGUGUACAAAGGUGAUAUUUUGAGGCUUGUGAGCCGGGAGAACAGGAACAGAACAGAUACAGGUAGCACAACCAUGUUACACCUGCAGACAUGCGCGUGAAAACGUUUCUCCCAGCGAGUAAGUAGUCGUGGAUUAUCUAUGUGUGUAUCGUAAAUGUGUCGGUUUUUAUUUGUUUUUUCUGAUUUUAUUUUAUUAACUCUUUCUUUUCUGUACACAGUCUCUUUUGUUCUUCUUUGCGUCAAUUUCUUCUUCGACUUAAAAAACGAUUUUAAUUGAAGAAAACUAAGACUUCUACUUCUACAAUAUUUCUUCCUUUAACUAAGCUCGUGCCGAUACCUAUCUAGGGGUGUAAAUAUAUAUUAACAACCAAUAGAACAAGUACGUUUGAGACCAACAGCGAAAUAAAAAAUAUUUACAUUGUCGAAUAUCAAGCUACACUCUUAGUCUCAAAACAUUAAGACAGAAGAAAGCAUAAAAAUGAACUUUUUAUUCCUUGAUUGCGGAUACGCAUUUCGGGAUUAAUCUUGCCAAUCAUAUGAGUGCAGUUCAGUAUAUCCUAAGAUAAAUUCUUAAGCAAUAUGAAGGCAUUAAUUCAUUUUUUAUUACUGUAAGAUACACUACUCGUAAAAUAAUUUAAAAAGUUAAAUAUGUGAUAUACUACUCGUUCCAUAGUUCAACUUAAAUAUUAAGUUUUCUUUCAUGCCGUGAAAAUACAGUCCAUGCUUAUAACCACGAAUUGUUACGGAAAUGAUUUCUUUUUAUUUAUUAUAUUUAUUUUUUUUUUGUUGUUCAUUUAUUGUCGAUAUCUUUCUUUGAUCUACUUCCGCUUGGAGUCACGUGUAAAGUGAUGUCAGACAUGGGGAUCAGGCGGCUCCACCUCUGCCCAGCAAUAACCGUUGUCCUCUUGAUGUGUCUGGUCAUCUACCUGGCGGAUCUCUUCCACAAUAACUGCAGGUAUGGAGAUGCAGUGAACAAAGCUGACAUUCGAGACCCUUCGUUGUCAGUCGUGGCGAGUGCAGCAAAGAAAUUGCUAGACGAGCAUCCUCUCCUCGUCACGGUCAUCAACCACGCCUACCUGCCGUUGAUGUACAACUGGAUGUGUCACACAAAGCGUUUUCAAGGUCUACACGACAGACUGCUGGUGUUGGCCGAGGACAAGCAAUCUCUGGCACAGUUCACCCAGAGAUGGCCUGGGGUCCGUUCCAUGACCAUCAACUCUCAGCGGUUCAGUCUCGGUGGUCAGCUGCCGUUCAACACUGUGGGCUACGUUCGCAUGAUGGUGCUUCGAACCGAGGUUCUCAAUGAACUGGUGCAAAGUAACCUGCCGUUCGUUCUGUUCGAAACGGAUUUUGUCUGGCUGAGGAACCCGGUUCCAGAUUUCCUUGAGCUGGCUUUCAAAGAAGAGUUGGACUUGGUCGGAUCGAAAUCAGCCGUAGAGGACCAAAUCAUGUGCGGAGGAUUCAUUUAUUUUCGGAACACAGAGCACACGCGCCUUCUCUGGGCGGAAGUGACGCGUAAGAUGCACUCUUUGGAGGACAGAAUGAAAUUCUUGAAAGACAAUGAGUCUGCACCGAAGAAGGAAAAUGAACAGCGGUACCUCAACGCUCUUCUAGCGGUGAAUUACGAAGGUGUUCGCUAUGGCUUAGUGGAUUACAACACGAGUGUCGUCGACGGCAAAUGGUACACCAACAAGAUUCUUAGGAGACGAACCUCUCCUAAAGCCAUACACAACAACUUCUUGACGACCACGAGGGAGAAAAUAAUCCGCUUCAAAGCGUUUGGCCAGUGGUUCCUCAAAUCAGACGACAGUUGUGACGACGAAAAACUACAGCAUCAUCCGUUUGUUGACUGAUGAUGGACUUCGCUUGAUGUGUGAUAGAUGUGUGUGUA